UGGCGUGGGUAGUGGUGGUCACUUGUAGGUGUUCCCAGGUGAGUCCCUCCACCACCACCCACCGCCUGCUGCAGUUCUACUCACACCUCCGUCCCAUCGCCACCCGCCGCGUUCGGUCUCCUUCAGUGUGACUGACACAGAGGCUGACGCCUCAUGCUCCAAAGGCCUAGUGUGAUGCCAGCUAUCAGUGUCGACUACGCAGUGUGACGCCGCCAGUCACUGUCGAGAGCUCAGUGUGGCGCUAAGUGACGUGUUCACAGUGUGGAUUAGACAUUGUCUCAAAAUUAACAGUUGAGUGCCUUUAUAGAGCGCAAUCCGUCCAUCUGGUGAGGGUUUGUGGUGAUUCUUCCUCCCGGAUGUAGACCACAACACCUAAGAUAAUGGGAAAGUAUUAUGAAUAUUGACCAGUGUUAGUAAAUUCAAAUUUAACCUUUAUAAUUAACCAUGGAGAAUGUUCUCUGGAUGUAACAGCUGCCAGGGAAACACGAUUUUUAAUCCAUACCAAAAGAAAGCCAACGUUAUAGCAUAGUGACAACGUCGCUUUGUCAACGGUCGUUAAUAACCCCUUUUAAACCCACACUUUCUUGGGAAAAUGUUUAGCGUAUUACCUUGAAGGAAGUGUACUAGUGUAAAAUCGUUAAGUUCUGUUUCUGUGUACAAGUGUAAACCAAUUUUUAAAAUUAUGGUUUGCAUAUUGGUAACCGUGUAACUGAAACGUUCCAGCCAAGCCAGAGGAGUCUUUCCGCCAAAUGGAACCCGGCCCAGGUCCAGACUUCACCCAACUUACACUCUCAGGGGCUUGUCCUCACAUCGUGCUCACAAUCAUUUUCACUCGGUUCGCACAGCCAGCAGGCAUCCCACAGCCCAGGCUCCCAGCUGGCGUCUCUGAGCUCUUCCUCGCAGCAAAUGUCUUUAAGUUCACACUCCAAACAGUCGUCACUCAGCACACUCAGCUUGGAAACUUCUUCUAGGUCACAGUCCCAGAAGUUUGUCGUUGACUUACACACUCAACAAAGUCAAGAACUGCUGCAGUCAGGAUCGCUGGGGUCUUGGGAUACAGAAAUAUUCUCAAACUUGCACGAGUCUCAGCCCUCCUAUAGUUCUACCGUGGACUUGGGCUCUCACCCCGCCACUUCUUCGUCUUCCUGGGUAACAACUAACCAAGGCGACUUGGAUGUGGACCCCUGCGUAGCCCUGAGCGACGGUAGAUUGGAUUGUGGGUGGAAGGCAGGCAUGCUGGGAAUGGUACUUUCCGUGGUGGGCAGCUGUAUGAAGGCAGUUGAGCCCGCCCAGAGAAAUCUGAUGGAGGACCCAGAGUUCGUACAUGAAGCCAGUGAGGACAGUAGUCGGUCUCUGGUUGUGGAUAGCACUGCAGGGAGCUCUCGGCAGGUAGAACAGGUUGGCGUGGUGGACGGACACAGUGUGUGGCCGGAGUACCGGCCUAACGGAGUUCACAAUAACCUAUACAUCAUAGAGGAGUACCUCGGGGUGGAAGAAGCAGCUUAUCAGCCGCCGGAGUUCACCCCUGGGGUAGUGUCAUACUCGCAGGACGUGGCCAGCGUGCACACUGUAACCAACAAGAACGUGAGAUUGAAAAAUGGUGAAGCAGUGAGGGGUUCAACCAGUCGGCGGCCUUUGGUGCUGGUGUUUGGCUCUCAGCCUGGAGGGACGCGAAGCAAGCGCUCUAAGUCUUCCACAGGUGGGUAUUAACACUCAGCCCACACAGUGCUCUCUUCCCUGCUACGCUUCCUUACACCUUUACCCCCAUCACGUACUAAGUUCACAAAACUAAAUAUUAAUUUUGAUUAUGUUGUUGACCAUGAAUCAGCUCCGUGAAUUCCCUGCGGCCCAUGAACUAACUUUCCUUAACACCCAUGAAUCAGCUGUCCCUACUAUCUAUGAAUCGACUGGCCCUAUAAUCCAUGGGCCAACUGUCAGUACGACCCAAUCUAUUAACCUGUUUCCGAAAAGAUCGUGAACCAUGGUAUAUUCACUGAUGUGUGUUUCUUAAUGUGUAUAAACUGAGUAUGUAUAUAUAAUAUAUAUAAUAUCGUGUCGAAUAGGUAAAAUUGGCCAU